GGAGAGCCGGUGUCGACCUGCAACUUCGGAAGCAGACGAUGCUCCAUUCACCAUCGUCUGUGUAGAAAGCGAAGUCGGUCCGGCUCGAGUUCAAUCGUUGGGUCGAGCUCAAGGCUAAAUCUGCCACGGGCAGCUGGUAACAUUGCGAAAGGAUGGGAAGACCUCUAUAAGGCAAGAAACGGCUCUACGAUGAACUGAUGUCGGACAUGGAUGGAGCGUCUGCAGUCGUGAUUGCGUUCUGGAAUUGUUCUGUUUCUGCGGCUAUGGCGGGCGAACAUGUUUGUAGAGAGGAGAGGAUAACAUCUUGUACAUCUAGCCCGGCGGUACAAGAGUUACGUGUUCUGCAAGGCUGCCAUUCGAUGAAAAGCUCAUUUUUCCUCGGGCCCUUUAGAAUUAAAGGGGCAGAGCUUUGCUGAAAACAGAAUGGGAAAUGGCUGAAGAUGAGUACCGUGUAGCUGCCGCGGUCGUCGGCAGCAAAGUGUCCAGACACAGUUACUUGAAAGUCCUGUCUACGAGCGGCAUUCUGGCUGUGCGGUGCUGCCAAUUGACAUG